GAUUCUGCUUGCUUGCCAUUUGCAAGGAGGAGGCAGCCCCGCGCCGCAACUGGUGCUCCCGCUGGCUUGACAAGGCAGCGAGGCGGCCCAACCGGUCGCGCGCCCCCCGCAGCACCGACCCGCGCCCCCCGGGGCAGCCCCAUGCGCACCACCGAUCCCGAGCCCCCGCCCCUCGCGCUGCCGCCGCCGGCCGUGUCCUUCGCGACGCCCGGCAGCCCCAGCAAGCAGCAUUCGAGACCGGCCCCACCCAAUUUAUACAGGAUGAUCUACGACCCGGACAUCGUCAAGAACUUGUUCGUGCGGAUUCUGCUCCUGUUCGUUAUUACCUUAAUAACACACAAGCAGCUCGCGACACCAUUAAAAACAUACUAUGGGCUCCAGACGAUCGAUGGCGACGGCUUCGGCGUCAUGCAGGCCGUCGUCGGCCUCGUCUUUUCGGUGAUGAUCGGCCAGACCUACGAGUACUAUUUUGCCAGACAAGGCGCGAUUCAGGACGCCGCGUUCGAAGAAUCAGUGGCGUUGUGGCGGCUCUGGGAGACGCUGGGCGCGACGCUGGCGGACGAACGGGCUCUACGGUCCGGCGAGCGCAUGAUCAAGGCCUACGCGGACCACCUGUUGGCGGGCGGUCUCUCGAAUGCGGCUACACUGAUUGUUGAGCUUGAUAUUGGUGGCAAGACCGUCAAACUAGGCGACUUACUGCGACUAGUAGCCGACGGGCCCAUCACCUCGGAAAGCGCCGCCGCUGCGGUGCAUCAAACGUUACGAGACGUGCACCGGUGCGCCGCGAAAAGAAUCUCGAAUAUCAACGCCGAUUUACCGUUAUUACAAUGGCGCACGCUAGAAACGUUAGCCCUCUUCAUCGGCGCGUCCUUCUCACUUGUAAGUCUAGACAACGAGUGGGUCGAAGCCGUGGUUUUUGCGUCCGGCGUCGCCGCGACGGCGCUCUUCUAUUUCGUGUUGCGCGAUUUAUCAGAUCCCUUCUCGGGCCACUGGUCCGUCAUGGCCGCGGAGGAGGCGAUUCAUUUGCUGAGCGUGCGCAUCGACGGUCCUAGAAGCCCACAACCCGUCCCCAAAGGUCGCACGCCCGUCAAGAACCGGUCGCCGUCACCCCUGAAGAAGAAGACUUUAUUCGCCGCGAAGUAGUUAUCUCUCGAUCGCGUAAAAUUCACAGAGUUCCUCCUUA